AUGUGCUUGUGCGGACUGCUGAACAUCACUCAUUCGGUACACUUGAUAUUAUGUAUAGAGGUGUUCUUUGCCCUGAUCCUAUUAAUCCAGUCUCCCGAUUUGCUAACAAUGAACGGCACCUAUUUCUAUUUUUUGGGAUUUUUCGAUGGUGGUGGAUGGUUUUUCUUUGCUCUACAUGUGUCUUUGUGCAUCACCUGUCUAAUCUCCUCGGCUCUUCUCUACAUCGGCUCCCGAUGCCAAAUGCCGUCACUAAUACUUCCGCACGUUUUCUGGCAAUUCGGAUUUAUAAUCGUUUCCGUUUUGGCAAUCAUAGUUCUAAUGACACUAGGAUUCAGUGGGAAGAUGUUGAUGCCUUCAAGUAUUGUUCUGAGUUCAAUGAUGGGUGUGGCAGGUAUCUGCGAGAUGUGGUGGUGUCUCCUAUCUGUUGCCUACUACCGACAUGUUUGUGAUACCAAGGACCGGCCGUUCUCCACGUCAGUGUCCCCAGAUGAGGAUCCUCUGUGUGCCAGGGACAGUUUAGUUUGA